AUGGUUAAAGAAUACGUACAAAGAGCAACCUGUCGCCGUUUACACGUAUUACAUUCCAUGUGUUCAAAAAUACACUUCAUUCAGUGUACUCAAUUUGAUUUAAAUUACGUGAAGAAAAAAACCCGCGUCAAAUUUCUUAGACGAAAUGAACGGCAAGAGAUGUUGAUAGCCGCUCCAUUAGACUUGUCAUUCAAAAAAGCAACCACAAUGAAUGAAUUGGCAAAUAAGCGUCCACAAGCAGUACGAACGGGUAAAAUUCCGUUACGAACAGCUGCAGAUCGUUUUGUAACAUGUUCCUUGUGGUUAAGCAAUAAUUCAUUGACAUCAAUGUUCGGAUUUGAAAAUCUUGCACAAAAACUUCUCGAUGAUCCAUCGCACCUUAGUUGGCUCGAUCUUUCUUUCAAUGAAAUAGAACAAAUUGCUGAUGAUAUUACACAUUUUCCGAAUUUGAAAAUUUUUUAUUUGCAUGGAAACAAUAUUUCGGAUAUAAAUGAUGUUGUAAAAUUGAAAAAGUUAUCAACUCUUAAAUCUUUAACGCUACAUGGAAAUCCCAUUGAAAAUCUUCCGUAUUAUAGAGGAUACAUCGUUCACAUUCUUCCACAAUUAACGACGCUAGACUUUUCAGCGGUACUAUCAACUGAGAGGAAGAAGGCAGCACCGGCUGGAUUUUACAAAAUAAUAUAUGGUAGUACAUGA